AUGACCGGCGAACCAUCAGUUGAAUUAGGAUUUGAUGACAUGUUUGCUAACUCUGGAGAUAAAAACAUUAUUUACACAUCCAUAUGCCAAUUGAAUGGCAAGUGUGGAUACCCUGGUAAGCCAUAUCGGGCUAAACUGGAACCGGACAAUAAACUAUUAUACGAUGAGGGCGAGGAGGUCACCUACCAGUGCACUGACUUCUGGUCAUUCAUUAAGACCAGAAAGUGUGAGAAAGGCCGAUGGACUGGCGAACAACCCCGAUGUGGAGACUUCGUGAGCCAUACGCUGAUGAAGGACUCGAAACUGGAGGACAUAAGUGGCGAUCGCCCGGUGCUGGUGUUCGAGCACUUGAAUAUGACGAUCACGAACACCACGUGGAGGUAUCCCAACGCCUUCACAUCGAAUCGCUUCAAAAAGGCCAGACUUAGGAUAAAUGACACCAACAAAUACAAGUGGAGCUUCCGAUUCACGGCGCCCACCGCUAAACUCUUUGUCAGAAUUAACUUCAAUUUCAUUAACUACACGUUUCUGUCGCCACAAGACAAGGAGAACUUCAGGUUUAAUAUAUCAUUAGAGGUGAGCCCUUACCGCUCGUGUCGACUCAAUUACCAAGGCGGCGACAAAUGGAGAGAAGACGGCAAUAAAGUUGAGAGCGAUUUCACGUGCGAUACGGCAUCGGUCGAGGACACCAGAAAAGAUUUGGCUGAUCCGGGCGAUUACAUGCUUAUGGAGACCCAGGCGUCUCAUCAAUUAGACCACGAACUCAUUGCCGUGUUUUUGGGCAAAUCUUACGGCACGGAUGAUGAGCCUCUUUGCGGUGAACCGGAGAUCAUGAGCAGUCAGUUCUCCAGAUUCAAUGUCCAGUACAGGGAUUACUCGAUUAACUGCAGGAAAGAUAAUUAUAAAUACAUUUCCACAUAUAACCCCGAUUUACCCAACACCUCAGUACAUAGCAUGAAAUGUCAGCCAGAUAUGAGGUGGAAGGGCUCGUAUCCAGACUGUGUUCCCCUAAAACCCUGUUCACUCGAUAAUCUUUUAGUGGGCGCCCACUCUAAUCAAACGGUUAUUACUUCUAUGGAUGGCCUCUAUUUCUUUAAUGAGAGCCAAUACUAUGCAGUCGACGGCACAGAAGUGAACUACGGGUGCGCUAAUCCCGGCUCUGAUAUACUGGUUGGCAAAGAAAGCAGACAUUGCCUCAAGACUGGGGUUUGGAGUGGAAAUGAACCCUAUUGUUAUGAUCCCAACGAAACGACACGAUUCCCAGUUUGGAUAAUAAUAGGAAUCCUAUUCACGGCACUGGUAUUCAUCGUGUGUUUGACAGCCGUUUUGUUUUACGUUUACUCCAAACGAAUCAAAUCAAAGAUCACUCAACAGAUCGCUAGGAAUCGACCGGAAAGUGAGAAGUUUGAAGGCUAUGAUGACGUGGAGUUCCCCUCCAAUAAGAUGUACGACACUUACGAUGUGGUGGGAGCUGGUGGUGAGGUCAGAUAUGCCGACGCCGCCUAUUACUCUAAUCACGGGGAGUACGUGGAGGUGCCGGCUAAUGUCCAGAUCCAGUCUAGUAAUGAUUACUGGCGUCUUCCAGUCGUAGAGCCGGCAUAUCUCGAGAUGACUGCUUCCCGACAGCCCUCUCCCCGACCGUCUCCCAAACCGACUCCCUGUCCGCGUAUAGCUGCCAAAGCCGAGGAUAUCUAUACGUAUGAACUCUAAGCAAAUGCUGGUUUGCCAUCAAAAUUGAUUCAAUGAUUGGUUUUGAUUUAAAUUAAUUCACAUAAAGACUCAUCAAAUUUGAAGUACAA